AUGGGCAUCGAUGAUUUCAAUGAAUUGAAGCUGAAGAUGGACGACUUCCAAUCGAAGAUCCAUCAAUUUUUAAUUAAGAAUAACCAAGAUCUAGCUACGAAGAGUGAAACGUACUGGAAUAGUGAAUCGGAAAAGAUAAAGAAGAUUGAGGCACUAAAGGAUAAACUACGACAACUGGAAGAACACCAAAUUUCCCUAGAAGAAGAAUUUGAAUCAUCACAACGUGAAGUAAGUGAAGUGAAUGCGCAAAGUAAAGCCUUUCUAACAAAACGAGAUAAACUUAUCGGUGAACGAGAGUUUUUACAUAAAGAACUUGAUAAACUAGAUAUCUUGCUAAAGGAACAGACUAAAGAUCUCGAGAGAGAGAAACAAUCGCGAUUGUUACAAAGCAGUAAAGAUACGAAUGAAGUAGCAUUAUUUGAGACACUACUUGGUCUUCAUAUAUCUGCAAAUGCUCAGGAUGCCAUUACGUUCCAUUUCACUUCAAGGACCGUUGACGUCAGUCCACAAUUGUCGAUUACUCUUGAUGUGUCUCAAGAUACUUAUAAAAUUACAGAUUCGAAUCCUAAAUUGCCUCAGAUUAUAAAGAAUGACUUACUAAACAAUUUAGCAGCUACCGAUGACCUUCGAAGCUUUCUCAAGGCUGCACGCUCACAUUUGAGUGCCUUAACUGAAGCAACUUAA